GGCUGCGGUGAAUGUCCAUCAUCGGUGGUGGGCGGGGUGUCGUCAUUUCCGGCCGUGUCCUGCCAGCGGGCUGUGGUGCAGUGUGGGAUGGUGUUGUCAUGUCAGCGAGCAGCCGGCGGGGUUGAUGGUGGCGGUGACAUCGCCGGCGAGGGCGAGGGCAGGAGACGGCUCGAUGUCAGCGUGAGAUCGGCGGUCGGCAGAUAGCGUCCGCUCGCCGGGGUGAGGAAGCGUCGGCUUCGGCCGGUUGACAGCGGCCCCCCGCCCCCUCACCAGCACCACCACCUCCACCGUCAGCCGGGACCCGCCGCCAACAUGAACCGGUUCCGCAAGUGGCUGUACAAGCCCAAGAGAUCAGAUCCCCAACUGCUUGCACAGUUCUACUACGCAGAUGAGGAGCUAAAUCAGGUUGCAGCUGAACUGGAUAGCUUGGAUGGACGCAAGGACCCACAAAGGUGUACGCUGCUGGUCAACCAGUUUCGCUCCUGCCAGGAUAAUGUGUUAAAUAUAAUAAACCAGAUCAUGCAGGAAUGCAUCCCAAAUGAACGAGCAAAUCGGGAUUUCUGCGUGAAGUUUCCUGAGGAAAUACGGCAUGAUAAUCUGGGAGGACAGCUUUGGUUUGGAGCAGAGUGUUUAGCUGCUGGUUCAAUUAUCAUGAACCGUGAAAUAGAGAGCAUGGCAAUGCGACCUUUGGCCAAAGAUUUAACCCGCAGCCUAGAAGAAGUACGAAAUGUUAUCCGUGACCAGUGCCUGAGAGACUUGAAUGCCUAUACUGACAAAAUGAAGGAAUCCCUCAAACAAUUUGAUGGCUUGUUUGCAGAAUUUGAACUAUGUUAUGUGUCUGCCAUGGUACCUGUGAAAUCUCCAAAAGAGUAUUAUGUACAGCAAGAAGUCAUUGUUCUCUUCUGUGAAACAGUUGAAAGGGCCUUAAAGCUUGGAUACCUCACACAAGAUUUGAUUGAUGACUACGAGCCAGCAUUAAUGUUUACAAUUCCUAGACUAGCCAUUGUCUGUGGCUUAUUGGUUUUCCCGGAGGGGCCUUUGAACUUGGAACGCAAGCCAGAGGACAUGUCCGAUCUAUUUCGACCAUUUCGCACUUUGCUGCAAAAAAUAAGGGACCUUUUGCAGACCUUGACAGAAGAUGAACUGCACACACUUGAAAGAAAUCUCUGCAUAUCCCAGGAUGGUGAAUUUACAGUAGACCCCAAAAUACGCUCUGCCAUUCCUCCAUCUGAAGUUCCUGAAAAACUUGUACAAGAUCAACUUUGUGUAAAAGCCGAAAAUACGGAAGCUGAACUCGCUUGUUCCAUGCAGUAUGAUGAGGAGGAGCUGGAGCAGCUUAACCUAAUGGUUCACAGGGUAGGGGAUGAAAUGUCAUGUCUGCUCUCUCCACCAAGUGUGUGCCAGUCACCAGCUCACAGGCCUGUGUUGAAACACAUCUCCAAACCAGGGGACUCUGCAAACUCAACAUUUCUUGAACUUUCUGGAGUAAGGCGUGAAGCUGAGGAGGAAGAACGAGUGUUUUUCAUGGAUGAUUUGGAUGGAGCAGGUGAGGACUUGGCUGGAACAGAUGAACCAGGAGAAGCAUUUACUUGGAUUGAUAAUUCUUGCCCACCUAAUGAAGGCAAGUUGCCCCUCCACCAAGAGGAGACAGACUCGAUAAGGCAUAGUAGUCGUGAGGAAACAGAGCAAGCAAAGGAGGUACUGCACAGACCAAGCAAUAAUGAUUCACUACCUCUGCAAGGGCAAGCUAGCCAAAAGGAAAAUAACACAUCAGAAAUAUGUUGUAACUGUGUGGAUGCAACUGAAUCCAGUUCUUACCUCAAUGGUUGGAAUGCAGGGAGCGAUGAUAUACAACCCAGCGAAACUGCAGAAAAAAUAGCUCAUAGGACUGGUGGGAUGAAAAUUUCUGCAACUGUUAUCUUUAAUCCCAAAUCUCAGUGCAUAUCUUGUUCCUCUGAAGCAGAGCAUGCAAUAAAUUGUGAUUCUGGCAUCUGCCACAUUUCUUCAGAGGAGUCCUCAAAUCAAAGCAACGCAGAUGUGAAAAAUGGAAUAAAUCUUUGUGCACGCUGCACUGCCCCUCAGGACAGUAGAUUUGACAAUGGCUUUGUAGAUUCUGGGGACUCUGAGAUGUCUGACCAACAUGAACUGAUCUGUACAUCAGGUUCACAGGAAAAGUUGGAAAAUGAGAGCCCUGAUAGAUCAUGGAUAGAAGGAGCCAUUAGCAAACAGGAGCAUACAAAAUCAAAAUGCAAGUGCCUGGAACAAUCCUCAGGAAAACACUCAGAAGGAGAGCAACAAACAAAAAUAGACAUCUGUUGCCAGCACCAAAAGGUAGAAAAUAGGGCGCAGACAAAUGGAGAAAAGGAAAAUGCUAAAGUAUCUGUGGUAGAAGAUGAACUGGAGGUUGACGGGAGCAUACAGACUUUUACCAACCCUUUGGAAGACAACAGCACUGAGCAAAGUUUUCAAGAUCUCAUCCAAGAUUCCCCCAUCAGCUCCAUAUCCAGCAGUGACUGUGGGAGUGUGUCUGUCACAACCUGCAGUCUUUCCAGCACGUACACUCCAAGUCCUGUUGGCAGUCUAACUACAAGUUCCUACACUUCUGAGGAUGUGGAUCAAGAGGAGAUCCAGCUCGCACUUCAGGCUGCCAAGAUUGCCACGAGAGAAAAGAUCCGGGCCCGUUUCCAUAGUAGCAGUGAUCUUAUCCACAGACUCUUUGUGUGCAUUGCAGGUGUUGCUGAUCAGUUGCAAACUAACUAUGCAAGCGACCUGCGAAGUAUCCUUAAAACCUUGUUCGAGGUCAUGGCAACCAAGUUAGAAUACGAAAGCAGCAGGACAGAAAAGAAAGGUGACCAGACGUUGAGAAGUCCUGUUCUUGAAGAUUGUGCUUUGUGUCGAGAAAGCAUUUCUUCUUCUGAACUUGCCGACAAAGCAAGAAAUGAGGACCUUGAGGAUCCUCCAGAAUGGGUACCGGAUGAAGUCUGCAGCUACUGCACAGCGUGCAAGGCUCCAUUCACUGUGAUUCGAAGGAAACAUCAUUGCAGAAGCUGUGGAAAGAUCUUCUGCUCACGUUGCUCUUCUCAUUCUGCUCCCUUACCUCGAUACGGCCAGAUGAAGCCAGUCCGAGUCUGUACACAUUGCUACAUGUUCCACGUGACGCCCUUCUACAGUGACAGAGCUGACAUCUGAUAACUAUUGAGUGUGCUGCCUGGUUCUGGCACACUUCAAUUCUUUCUCCAUGGUCACAGCGGAUGUUGGAUGUCACUAAUUAGAUGAGCUGGCAUCAUUUUGUUUUCUUUUGGUUGGAAUGGAAAUUUGGAUGAGCCUUUCUUGACAAACGUGCAAGUAGUGUCUCUGAGAGAAGCAUUAACUCCCAGUCAAAAUUUUUGUACUGACUUUUCAAAUGCAUUUUGAUAAUGAGCUGCUACAAGGAAGUACUGAGCUUCCAUAGCUGUUCUGCUAUGGAACAGUCUUCCAUAAAUUUAUAUCAGAACUUAAGUAUGUUGUAAACUGAAAAAAGGAAGAAGGUUGGUUGUGAAGAGCUUUCUUGGGGAUCUGUCAAAACUUUCUGUGUUCCUACUGGUACGUUAAGGAUGGUUCAUGUUGUAGGGAUUUUCAUCGAAUCAUGGCAGAAAUUAUUUCUGUCCUUGGAAAUUUUAACCAUAUUUCUUAAGCAAAGUUAAUCCUCUUGCCUGUUGAGCAGCAAUGCUGUUCCUAUUCUGGUUGCUUUUUAGUAGAACCUAUGUUGAACAAGAUCUGAAUAAUUUUCUCAAACAUUCCUGUUCGGUUUGACAGUUGAUUUUAAGUAUAUUUUUCUUUUGAGCAAGUGGUGACAUUGCCUUCCAUGUUUGGAGUGAUGGCUUGAGGUCACACGAUGGUGACCAGACGUCCCCAGUAUUAAUGUGGGGAUGUUGACCAGGCAUCACGCUAUGGUGGUGAUGUUAGAGGGCAGGUGGACCAUGGACAGUUCUCCUGUUUCUGGAAACCAGGAUGGCAACUGCUGCUCGAUGUCAGUAAUUAGAGUUAAGUAAGGUAGAAAGCUGCUUUUCUGCAUUGUCUAUAGUUUCUUAAAUAGGAAACCAGCCUCUGGGUGUUCAGAGUUAACGGUUCAUUUGGCAUAAGCUUGAAACUUUGUAUCUGAACAAUUCCAGAAUUGACAUUGUUUUUGAUAACAGGUACCAAAACCAUUUGAGUCUUAAAUUGCAAAUGGCUGUACAUUAACAGCCUAAACUCAACAAGCAACAACUCAACAAUCUGUUGCCUUUACCAAUAAAACCAGUGUGGGAAGAAUGGGGGAGGAGAUUUAGGCAGGUCCACUCACUUUACCCCCAACAUGAAUGACUCCCACACUGCCACAAAGAUGACUGGUUACAGCUGAACAAAUAAUUAUGACACCUCUGUUCUUGCAGUCAGGAGCAGCUCAUUAAAUAUUAAUUAUGGAUUAAUCCUGGGAAGUUCUGCCUGCGUAGGUAGCACUGUACAGCAUUUGGGCAGUGUCUUUUUCCAUUAAGCCAUAUAGGAACACUUGGUGUGAUCUGAGUGUUAGUUUACUCCACAUAUUAAAUUAACCACCCUCUAAAUUUAUUCUGUAAGCAAUUUCCAUUGCAGAGCAAAAAAAAUAUGCAGUACCUGGCAUAAAACUGGCAUUGACUUGGCAACCAAAGAAUUUGUAGGGUUUAAUUACAAUUCAGCAAAACAAUAAUCAAUAUGCUAGUUAUAACUGAAAUCAUUGCAUGAAUCCAACAGUUGUGUGGCUGAAAUGAUUUGUAGGAAACACAUCAGCCUUGUGUGCAAAAUUAAUAUGUUGGAGAGAGAGAAGUCUGAUAUCUGAAGUAACAUCAUCAGUAUCUUGUGAAACCUUAAUGUUAGAAGAGAAUUUUAAUCUUUUCAACAGUAUUUAGCUCCUUUCCCAAUUGAUCGUAUAAUCUUGGCUAUGUUAUAUUGGAUGGAGGGCAAAUUUUAUGAAUCAUUGAAUUACUGCAGUUGACUAAACAAUGAUCACUCUAUGAUAAUCUUCGGGUGAAGGAGGUAUGUUCAUUUCUAUUUCAGAUUAAGUAAGUUUUUAUUUAAUUUUCAGGUAUUUCACUUUUCUCCUCUCCCCUUUUAAAAUAUUGAGCAUUUUAUCCCAAAAUAAAGGUUGAUAUUUUUCCAUAUCUCUGAUCCAGAUUGUGGGCAUUGUAAAAGCAAAUAAUCUUCAGGGAGUGCGCGACAUUCUUUUUGCCUUGUGUGGCAUAAAUUCAGCGGUGAGUUUGAAAAUGGUUCCCCAAAUCUCUUUGCAUUUCCAGUUUUCACUCCUCUUCCUUCCUUCCACCAUGCAUACACAUCCCAACAAAGUCACUCCCAAACAACACACUCCCAAUUUAUGAAUCAUUGAGGUCUCUUGUGAAGGUAUCUUACAAGACGGAAGAGGUAGGGAGGUGUAAGGAGCCUCAGUUAUAAAUUUCAGACUGAUGCACCUUAAUGGGCUUCUGCAUUUUUUGCCUGAUAUUUGCAAAUGAUACUUAAUCAUUGCUCAGGUCAUUGACACCUCUGACCUGUCCCCACCACAUACCAACUACCCUGUCCAUGUGGUUGUAUGUUGUCUGCCUUUUGCAGUAACUCCUGUUCAGAAUCGUCAUAGAGCAUUCCUUGUGGGAUAGCAGUCGGUUACAAAUAGCUGCUUCACCGUCGAAACAUUGUUAGAACUGCUUUGAGAACAGAACCAUUAAUUAGUAAUCAAUAAAGUUAGAGCACAGAAUGAUCGGAAAAACCGCACUCGCUGCUCUCUAUUUUUCCAGCACACUUAAAGUUCACAGGCUGUUGGCAGAGUCUGUUUCCCUCUGUUUCUAAAAUGCAGUGAGCUACAUUUGGAUCCCCAAUCAUCAAGUAUAAUUACUGACUAAUACAUUAGACAAGCUUGAAUUUCCUCAAUUGUUCAGGUUGAGCAGAGCAGCCAGAUUCUGUGAGCGAGUGAGGCAGUCUGCCUGGUAAUGAUGGAGAAACAGAAACUGUGGAAACACUCAGCAGGUCGAGCAGCAUCUGUGAAAUGAGAAACGGAGUUAAUGUUUUGGGCCAAAGACGCUUAUCGUGGUGACGACAGUGGAGUGACCAUCACCCACUAGCACGCUGCAUCAUGAAGUGUUGCUUACCAGUUCAGUGCUGUUUCACUAUGAUUGUAACUGACCCAAGUAUACACCAUUAAUAAAACUAAACUGAACUGAGCACAUUUAGGUGCCAAGAUGUAUUUUGCAAGGACCAGUAAUUAGUGGCAUUUAUAUUUUUUCCCCUCGGAAUACUUGGAACCAUUUUUCUUAUUCGGCAUUGAGACAAGUGUGAUGACUAACUGUGUUUCCAUCUUGGUUUCAGCUGAUCAGAAUAUACCUAAGUUUGUGAACAGAACCAUUUAAAAGCCGUCUGCACCAUCAUCUCUCUCUAUAUCAGAGCUAACUUUGCCUUACUCCCAUUUUCCUGCCAUUUUGGGAUUUAUCUUUUUUACUUAUUAUACUUAUCCCGCUACAUUUUAAAUGAUGGUCUUGCUACUUGUGGUAAAGCAUUCCAUCUUAUAAAAACCUUUUGUGAAAAUGAUGCUAUUACCUUCUGGUGAUCUUCAGGCAAUGCCAUUAAUUUAUCACCAAUGGAGAAUGUUCUCACUAUUUGACCUCUUUUGUUUGGGGAAAAAAUAAUGUAAACCUCAUUGAGAACCUUUCCCCUUCCUUGAUCUGUAUCCCACAGAACAGCACCAGGUUUUUGAGCAGUCCUUCCUAGAUAAGAGGAACCUCUUAUUACUGGCAUUACUACAUCUCUGUUGUACCCUUCAAUGUGGCACGUGUGUCCCUCCCAUGUUGGAAAAUAGUGAGCCAUUUUGAUCUCUUUGCCUCCCGAGGAUCAGAAGCCACGAGGUUUGAUGACAUUUCUGUCUGCUGCAGUCUAAAAGGCUGUGAAUCCUUUAAGUUCUGUGUCCUGUGGCAUUUGGGUUAGAUCACGCUGUAGGCAGAUGCAAAUUGCCUCAACAGACUAGUUCCAGAUUAAAUGGAAGUUACAACAUCCCAACAGGAACCAAUUGGGAGAGUUUCUGACGAAUGCAAUUCACUGACUGCUGUGAAGUACACAAGAAGGUUUGAACGAGGGUGAAUUGAUCAAUUCUGUCCCUCCUUUAAGUUGACUUGUCACUUUAGGCUGUGCAAUGUUUUCUCCUAGGACCUAAUUACAGCAGUUGACAAAGAUUAUCUUUCCUUCAAGCCAUUCUGCAGCCAUCUCCCUCUGUCCAGGGAUCAACUAUUCUCCCUUCCCAGGGUCUGUUGCAAACAUUUCCAUCGCCAGCUUAAUCCUCACUGGUGAUGAGAAAUUUGGGUCUCUACAAAUGUUCAUUUGCAACAAUAACAGCCUGUGCUGCUAGUUAAUGGAGUAAAAGUUUAGAGACAUGGCUCAAAUGAGUUCUGGUGCUUUAGUCGCACUGGGUGUCUUUUGUGUAUCUUCCCUAUUUCAGAUCAGAUUGAGACCAGCAGCAAAGCUUCAGCUCGCUGCCCUUUGCCUUUAUUGUUGAAUUAAUAAAAUACAAUUUUCUUGCUUAAUUACCAAUGUUGCCCAUCUGCCUGUUACUGUGGACAGUGGCAGAUCAGAUGGACCAGCAGAAGUCGGGGCGUGUGUUGCUAAUGGCCCGAUGUGGCUCUGCUUUUGGAAUGAACGCUAUAGGAAAGUCACCAAAUGACCACACAUUGAUGCUAUGUGAAUCAAGCUUAUAAUCUCAGGCUUCACUUGAAUACAUUGCAAUGCAUUUUUACCUUUUAGAGAAAAGAUAUUGUAACAUAGAGCUUUUUUAAAUAAAAAAUAUGUACAAUAACUUUGAUUAUAAAAUGCACAAAGUUUGGUUUUCUCUGUAUAAUUCGAAUUGUAUGUAAUGGAUUGUAAACUAUUUAUUCAAGGCUUUCUUGGUCUCAUUUUGUAAAUGCUAUUACUAAGGCAUUGGAUUAUAAUGCUGUAUGACUUAUCUGAAAUCUUAAAUAUAGUAGUUUCAUAUAUGGUACAAAUUAAAUAAAAUCUAGAGGACUUUGAUGAAAAGCACAACAAAUGGUACAGUUUUAAUGAAUUACUUGCCUGUGGUGAAUUGUAUGAGCUGAAAUGGCUGACUUUUACCUCUGGUGUUUAAA